UAAACCUCUCCCCCCUCUCUGAACCAUUGCUUUCGAAGGAAGUUUAGAUUUGAGCAUAUCGACAAAAUUUUCCGAGCUUGCUGGGGAAGAAAGAGCGGCGAUUUUCCUUCUUUGGGUUUCGUAGAUAGUUGCGUGACGGAUAUCUAGAGUUUUGUUCUCUAAAAAUGGCUGAGGAAGCGCAUUGGGUUUCGUUGAAUGUCUAUGACCUAAGCCGAGGCUUGGCACGGCAGCUCUCGGCAUCACUUUUGGGAAAGGUCAUCGAAGGUGUAUGGCAUACGGGGAUAGUUAUCUACGGGAAUGAAUACUUCUUUGGAGGAGGAAUACAGCACUUGCCAGCUGGAACAACUCCCUAUGGAACACCAGUGCGAACGAUAGAGUUGGGUCAGUCACAUAUUCCUCAAGACGUAUUCGAGAUGUACUUGCAGGAGAUCAGUCCUCGUUACACCGCUGAUUCCUACAAUUUGCUUACUCACAACUGCAACAACUUCAGCAAUGAGGUCGCUCAGUUUUUGGUUGGUAAAGGAAUUCCAGACUACAUUCUUCAACUUCCCAAUGAAGUCUUGAACAGCCCAAUGGGUGGUCUUUUAAUGCCUAUGAUACAAAACCUUGAAACAACCCUGAGAGCAGGCGCUGUUCCUAAUGCUCCACAGUUUAGGCCACAACCUCAACCUUUUGGUGCUUUUAGCAAAGAUGAAGGUCCAAAACCAUCUGACAACGGAGAUCACUUCAAAUUUGAAAAUGCUUCAAACUCCGACGAUGCUAAAACCUCAGAUCCAAGUGAAAAGGUGGCACCUGUUGUUGAACCGUCAGCUACUAGUAAAGAGAAGGUUAAAGAGGAUCCAUUGGGUGAUGCUAGGACCAAGAUUCAGGAAGAGAUUACUCGUGAGUUUGCAGCUCUCAUGGCACAAGGCACAUUACGAGCUAGCGAGGCAGCUGCAAUGGCAACAAAAAGAGUCAUGCAAAAGUAUGGACAUCUCAAUGCGACUGCUUAGUCUAAUAACAGAGAUGAAACUCUUUGUUUAUCAUAUGGUGUAUUGAAUCUUGAAUGAUUUUAUUAAUAUUUUUCCAG